CACGCAGCAGACUGUACGGCGCAAGAGUGACGUUUUCCUUGCCCGUUGCUCAGAUGCCCAAUGAAGCACCAAACCGACGGCCCGCCCAGACAGGAAGCAGAAUGACAACAAAGUGCCCCAAUGCUUGGCUGUCACAUUCGCUGCACAAGCAGACAAGCCUGACAACAAGUUCGCACACCCUGCUGCUCGGGGUGGGGUACUGCGACGGGCCGGGUGGAGAAGAUCAUAGCGGCGGAUCGGAAUGUUCUCCGGAUGAUGAAACCGAAACCGGGAACGUCGCAUCGAAUCUCAACUUUCCACAGCAACUGAGAAUCUAGGCCAUGGGGAAGAUGGAGACCUUGAUGGACCCAUGGACCCUGUCUUACUUGGCAGCACAGCCCAAGACGUGAACCGUUCUUUCACAUAGUUCCUCAUAGAACAAAACACCAAGAAGAAUGCAAA